GAGCUGGUGGGGAGUAACCCUCCUCAAAGAAACUGGAAAGGAAUUGCAAUUGCCUUACUUGUUAUUCUCGUUAUCUGCUCCCUGAUUGUCACCUCUGUUAUACUCCUGACACCAGCUGAAGAUAACAGCUUGUCUCAGAAGAAGAAGAUAACGGUGGAAGAUCUCUUCAGUGAUGAUUUCAAAAUUCAUGACCCAGAAGCUAAAUGGAUAACUGAUAAUGAAUUCAUUUAUAGAAACCAGAAUGGCACAGUGAUUCUGAGGAAUGUUGAAACUAACAGUUCAACAAUAUUAAUAGAAAACAAAAAAAUUGUGUCCUUAAAGGCUAUUCGAUACGAAGUGUCACCUGACCGGGAAUAUGCUCUUUUUGCUUUUAGUGUUGAACCAGUGUAUCAGCAUUCAUAUACGGCAUAUUAUGUCCUCAGCAAAAUACCUCAUGGGGAUCCCCAGAAUUUGUAUCCCCCUGAGGUCAGCAAUGCAAAGCUUCAGUAUGCUGGUUGGGGUCCAAAAGGGCAACAGCUGGUAAGAGAAAGAACAAGUGUGCAAAUGAAUUUAGAGACCAUGCUGCUAUUGUUUGGAAGUAAAGAAAGAAUAAUUCUUUAUCGGCUAGUUUCUGGGGUAGCUUCUAGCAUCUUUAUGGGGAUUGUUUUAUCAUGUAAUUUAUUUAUAAAAUUCCCAAAUAGAUACAUUUAAUGCAAAGUAAUUGUGUCUAAAAAUGCACAGAAGGAACACUUUAUGGAAGCUCUUUAAGAG